GCGAAGCUGCAUUGCACACCUAGUUAAUUCCACACUAAUUUUUUUUCUUAGGCUCCUUUCUCUUUCCGUCUCGUCAUCAUGGGACGUAAUAAGCCGCGCUCCAAGGCCGUAGACGUCACGAAGAGUCUCCUGCAGCCAACCAGCGUCACCGACCACAUUGCGGUGCAGAUCAACCCCAAUUUUGUCAUUCAAGUAGCAGAGGAAGACCUCAGCCCCACGCAGGGCAGCGAGGCCGCCUUCGCCCUCCGCCGGGAAGGCAAGCUAGACACCACGAUGAAGCUGUGCCUCAACUGGCGACAGGGCAACUGCCACAACCACGCCGCCUGCUCCUUCGCCCACGUUGUGCGGUACUUCGGCGUCACAGGCGAUCUACCAAGCCCGGUCACGACGGGCCGGACCGGGGCAUUCAGCAGCACGGUGGGGGGAGGAACGUAUAGCAGCGUGGCAGGAGGCAGCUCCACUGGGCGCAGUGGUGCAGCCGGUUCGGCAGCGGCCGCUUCGGCCACGUCGUGGUCUCAGAAGCUAGCCCCACCGUCGUACUCGGCUACGGCGAGUAGAGGUGCGACGACGUCGCGGGCAGACGAUCGGAAAGCGGCUCCGCAAGCGGCUGCCGCCACCGCCACCUCAAAGGCAACGACAGAGACCAAGCCAGGCACUCCACCUGCGCCACAAGCAGCAGUGCCAGGCGUAGCAACGGAGCCCGUCGCAGACAGCGCGGCGUCGACCCGCUCCGCUGCGACGACGUCCGGGGAGUCGGUCGGCGCAGCGAGGGAAAUGGCCAUCGCCCCUCCGACACCCGCGUCCCUCGUGCGGCCGGCUCUUGCUCCCCCUGCUGUUGCCGCUGCUUCAUUAGCGCCAACUCCGCCAGCGGUGUUGUCUGCAGAAGGGCUCCGCCUCAUCUUGGGGUCCCUGUCCGCCACCGCCGCAGGACUGCCGGCUGGUGGGGAGGACGAGGAGGCGACGGCAGCGCCUUCUUCUUCGGCUCUGCCGCCUCGGGAAUUUCUGUCAAAACUGGAGGCCGCGGCGGGAGACACGCCAGCUGCAGAGUGGCAGCAGCACCAGCAGUCGGUGAACACGGUGGAUGAGAUUCUGGACAUGCUGGGCAAGCUAAUCAUCGGCGAAGCCUUCGACAGCUCGAGAGAUAUGGCGGCACUUUAUCAGUUGUGCGGGCGGGCCUGCCGGAAGGAGGUGUUGCGCAGGGUGCAUUCGCAGGCGCAAAGCGACGCUAUCCACGGACAUGAAGCUGCGUUUGGGGCGCCGUUGGCGCAGAUGGCGGCGCAAGGGCGGCUCUUCUCCACGGCUCCCAUCGUCAUGCCCUCCGCGACGAGUAGCAUUGGUCAGCUCGGUGGCGCGGGCAUCUCGUUGGGCGGCGCCCACGAUAACGAGGUGGACGACGGCGACCUGCUGGUGCCUGGGCUGUCCUAUCAGCAUCUAAUGAAUAUGUUUGGUCCUGAAGAGUAG